UACUCUAUACUAUAUAUUACUCUCACUCACUCAUUCACAUGAGAAAAGAGAGGAAGAAGAAGAAGAGAGAGAGAGAGAAAGAGAGAGAGAGAGAAAGAGAAAGAAAGAAAGAGUCUUCAAUGGUGAGAUUUUGUUGCCAUUGUGAAAUGCCAUCUGUUUUAGCUUAGAGCACUACUCGCUCAUAUUGAAAUCUCUAUACACCUUCUUUAUCGCUUUGAGUGGUUUCGGUUUCGGGAUAUUGAGCAUCUUCUGAUCUAAGAAGUGUAUAUUUGCAAUGACAUGGAUGACUAUACUUUCUGAUAUGAUGCUUUCAUAUGUGACAAUGCUAAUAGCGGUUUCGGAUAAGAAAAAUUGAGGAAUUGCAUGCUAAUGAGGUUACUUGUCUUUUUCUUGUGUAGUAAUUUGAAAAGAGAGAAUGCGUUUAACUCUUCAAAAGUUAAAAGCAAUGUAGACCUUGUGGUUCUUGACACAAAUGUAUAUGUAGAUUGAACAGAAAAAGACUGGGAAAAUUAGUUCUGUUGGUAGAGAUGUUACUGGAUAAUGGGAUUGAAGAUUUGCAUGACGAUGGCUUCGAGGGGUCUAAGGUUGAGAGGUGUAUAUUCAGAGAGAUUUUCUUUAGGGAUGACACUGGUAGUAGUACUAGUAAGAAGUGUGUUGUGACUGGAGUCAUUAACUUUGAAUGUGAGUCUAGUAAGAACAUUGAUACAUCAUUUUGUUCAAACAGUGAAAAUUCCGCUGCAACAAGUAAUUAUUCCUCCAAGAAUACAUGUGUGGAGGAACUUUCUACUGUGACAGAAGAUUUUAGGGAGGCCUCUGAACUAGUAUAUUUUCCGAAACAGGUUGUUUCGUCUAACAGAGAUUGUGAUGAUGCGAGUGGUGAACUAACAAAAGAUUCAGUUUAUGAGGUUCCAAAUAGUGAAUGUGAUUUGGGAAAGGUUUCUCCAGCAAUUCCCGGAAAGAAUGCUACAGAGCCCAGCUCUGAAGUGGUUACUCUUCGUUUGGUGGAAUCUUCCAGUCAGGGAGUAACAUCUAGUUGCUAUCUGUUAAAGCAACAUGGACAGAUAGUGAGAGCGUGCACAGUGGGCGAUCCUCAUGUUUCCUCCAAGGGCAGGGUACCAGGUUUGGAAGGGAUUGCUUCAAAGGAUGUAAGUAUAGGUAAAGCUAUUGCUUCACCUGUUUCUCAGGAGAGCUUUGCAUCGCGACUUGUGGCUGCAAGUCCAACUGUGAACGUUCAAGAGAGAUCUGAAUGUCCUUCAGAUGCUGAGGAAAGACCUCUAGAAAACCGAAAUUGUGAGUUAGAAUUAUCAACUUAUGUAGUGGAGACAAGCUUAACUGAUGGUCCUCAUCCGCUACUCCAGUCAAACAAGGAUCCUCGGCCGCUUAUCCAGUACCAUGCUGUUGAGUUACUUAAAGCAGCGGGAUGGGACACUGAGAAGCGUAAAAGACCAAGUAGGCAAUAUACGGAGACGGUUUAUAUAUCACCAAAGGGAAGGCCAGUUCGCGAAUUCCCUAAAGCUUGGAGGGCAUGUGGUGAACUUUUGAUGGCAGAUGGAUAUGGUUCGGUGGAGGAAGGUGUUAAGAAAUGGACUAAUAUCAGUCAAUUCUAUUCAGAUUUAUCUGAUACUAUUUUAGCUCUUGAGAAAGAGAAAAAUGCUUCAGAAUUGUCUUAUCAAUGGAGAAUGUUAGACCCUUUUGUAGUUGUUGUGUUUGUUGACAGAAAGAUUGGUGCUUUGCGAAAGGGAGAGACAGUUAAAGCAACUCAAAGCAUUUUGAUUGACAGGAGUAGCAAGUCAGAUAGAUUGUUACCCUUGGAAAAGGCUCAUAGUAUUAAUCACCAGAUUGCAAACAGAGAUCUGCCAACUUCCAUUUGUGGGUCUUCUUUGGCUGAUGAAAGUGCAUUGGUAGUUUCCGAGGGGAAUUCCCAUGACUAUUUUCAGCAAUUUGGACAUGAAGAAUCUGGCAAACAGAUGAAUAACAAGGUAAUAGAGCUUUCGAAGUGCACACAACUUUAUCCAAAAGGUGGUGUGCUCGUGGUCGAGAUUGGAAAUCGAUGUAUAGAAUUCUCUAGUUUGGGUAUGACUUGCUUACCUGAAAAUGGAACUGAUAGCACUGUUGUGCCGGCUGGUAGCUUGCACGAUGUUUCUCUUACUUCCAUAAACUGUUACAAUGUGCUUGGGCAAUCUGUUUUUCUUAAUCAAGAUGGCAAUACAAGUAGUCAAAUCUCUGUCAAACAGAGUGAUGAUGUUAAUAUUGAGACAAUUAAGGAAGUUAUUUCUUCAGAGGAUAAUGAACUUCAGGGAGGCCGAGUUUCAGAUGUCAAGCAUUCUCCACUGAGAUUACAAGAUGGGUCGGCUAUUGAAAAAGAGCCGGGUGUUGCUAUGCAUUCUGUACAGGUUGAGGAAGAUAGUAAACAGCAGCAUGAAGCCUCGAAACUCACAGUGGAUGAUACAUGUUCUCCAGACAUUACUUCGAAGAAGAAGGCACGCAGGAAGUCUAAAAGAAUAUCUGAAAUUGAACAGAGCGCACUCGAACAAAGUGGCAAUCUAGGUUCAGCUUCUAUAGAUAUGGCUGACUUACUGUGUGUUAAUGGUAAUGAAGACCUGGAUCAGGAUCAGGGAGACAUUAUAGCCUAUGGAAGAAAUGAAGAAACUGUUAAGAGCGCGUCUUCACUGAACUCGAAAAAGAGGAGUUGUUCUGAUUACACUGAGUCUAAAAUUGUGAAGAAGAAAUCAAGAUGUCGUAUUAAAGAUGAUGACUUGCUGGUUUCAGCUAUCAUUAAGAAAAAAAAAUUUAGUGCAAGCACGACAAAAGAUCCUUCUGGUAAGAAAAACUACAAAGCAAAAGCUUGGAAAAAGCUUAAAAGCCAAAAGCGUAGCUGCAGAUUGCUUCCGAGCCUCGUUAAUGGGGGAAAGCACUUUAAGGAUGGGAAGUGGUAUUCUGUUGGAGUAAGAACAGUUUUGUCUUGGAUGAUUGAUAGUGGGGUUGUAUCUUUAAAAGAUGUAAUACAAUAUCGAAAUCCUAAGGAUGAUUCUGUUAUCAAAGAUGGUCAAAUAACCAGGGAUGGCAUUUUUUGUAAGUGUUGCAGCAAGGUACUUACAGUUUUAGAGUUCAAAAUUCAUGCUGGGUUCAAACUUAACCGUCCGUGCUUGAAUCUUUUCAUGGAAUCGGGUAAGCCAUUCACCUUAUGUCAACUCCAAGCCUGGUCAGCUGAAUACAAGACAAGGAAAGGAGGUGGCGCAGUGGUUCGUCUUGAUGAGGAUGACCGAAAUGAUGAUUCAUGUGGGAUCUGCGGCGAUGGAGGCGAAUUAAUUUGCUGUGAUAGCUGUCCUUCAACUUUCCACCAGGCUUGUAUGUCUACACAGGAACUCCCCGAAGGCAGUUGGUAUUGCCCGAACUGCACUUGUUGGAUAUGUGACUCUUUGGUGGAUGACAAAAAUGCUUCAAGUGCUUCUGAUGCAUUAAAAUGUUCACAGUGCGAGCACAAAUAUCACGAUGCUUGCCUUAAAGAAAAGGAUAGAGGCCGACAAGUAAUAUCAGAUUCCUCAUUUUGUGGUACGAGCUGUCAGGAGGUUUACUCUGGGCUUCAAUCGCGUGUUGGCCUCAUUAAUCAUAUUACUGAUGGCUUUACAUGGACACUUCUGAAAUGCAUUCAUGAUGACCAAAAGGUUCAUUCUGCCCAACGGUUUGCUUUAAAAGCAGAAUGUAAUUCAAGAUUAGCGGUUGCCCUCACAAUUAUGGAGGAAUGCUUUCUAUCAAUGGUUGAUCCAAGAACAGGCAUCAACAUGAUACCUCAAGUCUUAUACAAUUGGGGGUCGGAAUUCGCCCGUUUGAAUUUCCAAGGAUUUUAUACUGUGGUCCUUGAGAAAGAUGAUGUGCUAAUAUCUGUAGCAUCCGUCAGGGUUCAUGGAACAACAGUUGCAGAGAUGCCCCUCAUUGCAACAUGCAGUAACUAUCGUCGACAAGGAAUGUGUCGAAGACUUGUAUCUGCAAUUGAAGAGAUGCUUAUUUCUUUUAAGGUCGAAAAAAUCGUGGUAGCUGCCAUUCCAGAUUUGAUAGAGACAUGGACCGAGGGUUUCGGCUUUGAACUUGUUGAAGACAGUGAAAAAAAGAGUCUAAACAAGAUCAACAUGAUGGUUUUUCCCGGUACAGUUUUGCUAAAGAAGACCCUUUAUGGCAAUGGAGCGAAACAUGGACAAUCCGGUGAUGCGUUUCGGUUGAGAGAAAAUGAAUCAACGAAUAUCAUUGUGGAAUGUAAGAAAGUACCCAAAUCCAUAUCGAAGGAUGAAAAACCCUUCACGGGUUCUGAAGUUUGCACCGAAACUGAUGAGACUGCUGUUCAGAAACCGAAUGUGGAUUGUAAUUCAGGCAGAACUGUUGCUAAAACCGAAAGUAAAGCCAUGGUGAGGAAAGGAAAGGAUUUGGAGUCAAUUGAAGUUAACGGUGGUAAACCGAAAAGAGGCCGCAAAAAGAAGAAGGAUUUGGAGUCACUUGAAGCUAACAAUGAUGGUAAACCGAAAAAAGUUCGCAGAAAGACGAAGAAGAUGAGUACCGAAUCAGUAGAAACGAGACUCGGGAAUGACUAUACGCAAUGUGAUGGAAGGUGUUGUUGUUGUAGAGAAGCAGAAAUGAGAAGUAUGGAAAGAAGUAAUAAGAAAGUGUUAAGUGAAGAGGAAUUAAGAAUUUUGCAGGAGCAAUUUUCAAAGCUGUCCUGUGAAGAAGAAGACCCAACAACUUCUGAAUUAGGUGAUAAAAAUUCUACUAAAAUGCUUUGUAAUAUUAAAUCUAUGGCUAUGUCUCAGUCUCAUGAUGAAACACAGCCUCAGAUUGCCUAUGACAAGAAUUGUAAUGUUGAAUUGAAAUAAAAGUUUUUAGGAAAGAAAAAAAAAGGGGAAGCUUUUGUUUCAUUUAGAUUUUAGUGAGAAAUUAUAUCUAAAAUGAGGUAUUUUGAAAUACAUAUUUUUAGUAUAUUUUGUAGAUGAUUAAUUUGCGGUAUAAAUAUUUAAAUUUAAUUUUUAUUGUAAAUAAAUAAUUAGGUUUAAUUUUUGGUGUAAUAAUAUUUAUAUUAUAAUUUUGGAA